UAUCGUGGACAUGGGGCUGGCUCAGGCACGGCACCCACUCAGCACCCAUAGCCAUUACUUCGAGGUGGAGAUCGUGGACCCUGGAGAGAAAUGCUACAUCGCCAUGGGGCUGGCCAGGAAGGAUUAUCCCAAGAACAGGCACCCCGGCUGGAGCAGAGGAUCUGCGGCAUACCACGGAGAUGACGGGAAGAUCUUCCAUGGCAGUGGUGUGGGGGACCCCUUUGGACCACGCUGUUACAAAGGAGACAUGGGCUGUGGAAUCAUGUUCCCCUGGGACUACAUUCUGGAUAGUGAGGGGGAUAAUGAUGACAGCUGUGAUGCAGUGAUCUUUUCCCCGACAGCCCGGGCUGUCCAGAACGUCUGA